AAGCUCUGCUUAUUAAAUUUUGUGGCUAUUAUUAAUGUGGUUGGAAUUGUUAAAAAUUUGUUAGCUUGAAAAAGAAAGUUUGUAGAUUGACCUACGAUUGCUCGUAAGUUGCAAGCAGUCAAAUAAAACAUAAAAGCAUUUCAAAAUGCCCGAGUCGAACACAGAAGAAGGUAAUGGGCCACAACAGGUUUCACAGCAGUCGGCAGCGCCGGCCUAUGAUCCCAAUAUAUUGCCCGACAUGCUACCCGUCUACUACAGACGUCUUUUUCCACACCAGCCGUUCUACCGCUGGCUCUCCUAUGGAUUGAGUGAGGAUGGGAUAUUUACGAAUCGUGAGAUCUCUUUUACGUUACACGAUGACAUCUAUGUUCGCUAUCUUUGCUAUGAUACUCCAGCCGACUUAGAGAAGGACAUCUGUGCGCGUAAUCCCUACAAAAUCGACAUUGGUGCCGUCAUGUCGACACGUCCAAAAAACUUUCGCAUCGUACCGGGGGGAAUUACUCCGGUACAACGUGAAUUGGUCUUCGAUAUCGAUAUGACGGACUAUGACGAGGUGCGCACCUGUUGUUCGGGCGCAGAAGUGUGCCAGAAAUGUUGGAAAUUUAUGGUGUUGGCUGCACGUAUUUUGGAGUCUGCACUACGUGAGGAUUUUGGGUUCGAGCACGUCCUGUGGAUCUUUUCGGGUCGACGUGGUAUUCAUUGUUGGGUGUGUGACCAACAAGCCCGGCUUUUGGACGCACGGGGCCGUAGUGCAGUCGCCGAGUAUCUGAAUAUCAUUAACUAUGUGACGUAUAAGGGAUCGAGCACGCCCCGCAUACAACUGGGCGAUCGCAUCCAUCACAGUUUGAGACGCGCCCUGAAGUUCGUGGAGCCCAUGUUUGAGGAAAUUAUUCUCGACGAUCAGAAUCUCUUUGGCACACCAAAGGGUGUUAGCAAACUGAUGCAUAUAAUUAGCGAUGAUGGCGCUCGCAACGAGCUGGCGGUUUAUUUACAGAAGUCCCACGAGGAUGGUACCCACUCGCGGGCCAUUUGGGAGAGUUUCGCGCGCUUUGCCAACUCUAUGCGCACCAGUGCGGCAAAUGUGUGGAGUCGCAAGCUCAAGCAUGUGGUGGAGGAAGUGCAGCUGUGCCUACUUUAUCCACGCCUCGAUAUCAACGUUACAAAGGGGUUCAAUCACUUGCUGAAGGCGCCUUUUUGUAUUCAUCCCGCGACGGGCAAGGUCUGCGUGCCUUUCAGCGUCAGUGCUGUGGCAAAAUUCGAUCCCACCACAGUGCCCACCAUCAGCCAACUUCUACAGGAGAUAAAUGCCUUCGAUGACAAGACUAAAAGCUACAUGGAAAUGCCCGAGGAUAAAAGUCGCAUUAAGGAUCACAAGAAGACGAGCAUGUUUAAAGGCGUACUUGUCUUUGAGGAGUUUCUGCGCAAGCUGGAGCGCAGCUUCAAAGAAAACUCAAUGGAUUUCUAACUUGGAUUGAAGCUCGGGUUUUUUAUUUUGUGUAUUAGAAAUAAAUAAUUUACAAUUGCGCUCAA